CCAUCGAGCCAGCUUCACACGAGUUUUGGUGGAGGAUUUAUUUAGGAUUUUUAUUCAAAAUAAUUAUUGUGCAAGAUGAAAUUGAAACUGAGGAGUAGUACUAUGUCGCCACAUCAGAGGGAUGGUGAAUAUGAACCGUGUAAUUGCUAUCCGAAUUGCUUUUACUUCAAGGGCUGGCUGAAAAAAGCUGCUGAAGCAGAGACUAACGCCAAGAAGAAGAAUUUCUUAAACCGCUCGCCAAGUUGGAAGAAACGAUAUGUUGUCUUACUGAAGGAAACCGAAGACAACCAUGAUGUUGCUGUUUUGGCCGUCUUCGACAAGGAUGUGGCAUGUAACUUCCACAAACCUCGAGCGAGCCUCAAGCUAUCACCCUGGUACCGAGUAGAUAAGAAGUAUGAUCCGACGGGCAAGCAACACGUCUUUGAGGUCAGGACUUCCAAAUCAACAUGGCGGUUCUUGGCGGACAGUCAGACGGUCAUGGACCUCUGGGUCUUUUACUUACAGAUCCAGACUGAGCUUAGGACAAAUUUUCCAGGAAGGUGUUUCGAGGUGACUCCCGACGACUCAGAAUCAAUGAGACGGAUUGGAGCAAGGGCCUCCACCUGCCUGCUUCAUCUAUCAAAAUGGGGGCUUACGCUAGCUCUAAAGCGUACCAGAUCCCUGGUGGGGCAGUGGCCUCUGAAAUCCAUACGAGAGUUUGAGAGCUCAGAGACUGGCCGUUUUUCCUUCAAGGCUGGACGAAGCUCACCAAUGGGGGCAGCAGAGUAUGUCUUUGCCACGGUGCCAGGUCAGGAUGGGGAGAUAUACGAUCUCCUGGAUACCUAUACAACAGAGGAUCUGAGUGCUCAGCCACAAAACCAGUCCGGUCCAGCAGUAGCUGAAGUUGUCAACCAGGAUUACGAGAGGCUGAGGUUAGCAACCUUUGGUCUCCUUCCAAGAAGGGGUUCAGUAGAUGUAGGUCGGCCAAUCUCUCCGAACCACACCCAGCACAGCCAGGCCGUACCUGUCCCCGGACGAAUUAAGAAUUAUGAUCGGCUGGACCGAUCUAGAGAUGGAUCCAACCGCAGAAUUGACCGAAGCAAGAGCGACAAUGUCAAGAAAACCCAGGCAGCACCACCAGUACCGGCCCGUACCCCAUCCUUGCCCAUGAAGACAUCCCGGCCUCCAAGUGCAGCUUCCUCUGCUAAUGCAGAACCAGACUAUAACCUUCCCUAUGCAGACAUGGGCGGAAGACCAGCAGAUGAGGAGAAUCUACCUUACACCGAGAUGGCAGCUGGAUCUGCGGUCAACACACUCACCAGACAAGGGCUGGGACGCGACAGCAAGGACAGGAUGAGUUGGGAUGUACCCAUUCCUCGUACACUGACACAGAGCACUGCAGCCAGUGACAGAUCUAGUUACCAGUUCAUGGAGUAUACGCCCCAGUCUUACCGAAACACCCUGACGGAUAGCUAUGAGAACACACCUCUGAUUGCUGCAAGUCCUGCAGCAAGGGGCUUGUCCAACGGUGGUUUUGUGAACUCCCCGUUGCAAAACACGAUGAAGGAGUUGAACAUUCAGGAUCAUGAGUAUCACAUGGUGGAAACAACUAAAGGUGCUACAGGAGGGGAUGGAUCAGGUCCUCCAAGUCCUCUGGUGCACACCUACUUUGAAGGAGAGUUUGCAGGAAGCAAGGGCUCCUCAGGAGAGAGGGAGCAUCAGUAUCAAGGAGUGGAUUAUGAGGGCAUCGGCAGGGAAGGUGCCCAUCCCUACUCCCGUUCACUUUCCCGUUCAUUCUCCCUAGAAAACAUCCGCAGCCCGACCUCCAUCACAGACUCUUACAUUGACCGCUCGCCAAACCUUGGGUCUUUGGACCUAGCUUUUUUCUCAUCAACAAACAUGCCAAACUGGAUGAGCGAUAGGCAGUUACCAUCCCUACCUCGCGAUGAAGUGCCACCAACCGAAGAAAACCCUUAUGUCACUUCCCCCAAGAAGUCAAGGUAUGCCUAUGAGGAAGUGAACAAUAUUUUCCCGCCCACCCCUGCGCAGGGUGCCCAACAAACUGAAUAUGAAUCUGUAAGCAACACAUCAGCUGAAGAAAUCAAUGUACAGAACCAUGUAAUGCGAAAUAGCACCUUUUCAGAGGGAUACGUAGACUCCAACCUUGCUGCGGUGAGACCAACAGACAGUUUUCAUCCCAAUACUGCGACAAUAGUCAUGCAAGAAUCUGCUAAUGUUGCACAUCACUCAGCCAUUGUUGAGCCAAGUGUGACUUACACGCAAGUUGUAGCAACCGUGCCCGCGGCAGAACUUGAGCCAAAGGAGAGACGGAAAUCAUUUAAAGAAAGGACACUAGAACGAGUCAAAAUGAAAAAAGCAAAAUCUCUCGUCAAUCUCUCCGAUACAGCAAGACCGCAAGGGACAAAAUCAGUUGCACUUGAAGAUCUGGAUAAUAAGAGGCUGUUCAAUAGUUUAGGACGACCAAAGAAAAUGAAGAAAUCACAAUCAAAUCCAAACUUGCUGUCAGAGCCAGAUCCUUCAGCUCCCGAGGCUGCUCCUCAUUUUAUCUCACCAAAGAAAGAUUCGGACAAACAGUCCCCAGUGACAGGAGUCCGCAGGAAAUUUGGUCUUGGACUGAAGAUGAUGAGGCAGAAGAGCCGGAGUCAAGAUGAGGAGGGUGGGGAGAAUGCAGGAAAACCCAAAGUUCUGCCAAAAUCCACAGUGAAGAAAAUUGAUGUCAAAGGCAUCUCUACAACAGACAAGACAAAGUCUUACACCCGAAGGUCUCAGGGUCAGCUCAGUGAUCUACCCCUUGACAGUGCUGUCGAUGCAAAGAUCAAACAAGCAAAGGACAAAGGGGCAACGGGGAAGAGGCAAAGAGCAGUAUCAGCUGGGUCUGCAGUGUCUGUUCAGGCCAUGUUGAAUGAGCAAACAAACUCUACCGGAAUGAUCGCCAAUCCACUUGCGUACAGUUCCCAGUCAAUCGGCGGGUCUUCAGAAGGACCUGAGCUGGAUGAGCAGGGCUACCUCUCACCGACAGAGAUUGGGUCUCCAGUCAAGAGGAUAUCUGACCCUCUUGAGGCGGAUAUGAGUGAUAGACCACUCCCAGAGCGCCCUCUACCUAGUCCUCCAUCACAUUCCCAGAGUGCACCACUCAUGAAGGUCAGAAAUGCCAAGGUCACACAGGUUUGGGAGCUUUGAUAUCAGGUUCUUACAAUAUCAUGCCCUAAUUUUUUGUACCUUCAAUUGUAAAUAUGUAUUGUUUAUGUACUAGUUUUGAUAUAGAUCUAAUUUCAAAUUGUUAUGUAUCGUGAUAUUAAUUAUAUUUUUUCAAUUAACCAAUUGACUUCAUUUUGUCUUCUGUUAUCAUGCAUUAGAAUAGUUAUGGGAUAGGGGUUAUGAAUCUCGCCAUGACAUCAGAUGGCCUUUUGUGGUGUAAAAUAGCAUCUUUUGGCACAUGGUCAAUGUACACUUUGGCACUAUUUUUCCAGGCAUUAAAUGUAUCUAUUUGAUGGGAUAUAAAAGUUUGUUUUAUCAAACACUUUAAUAGUGACAGUCUGAUAUCUGUGCUAAGCCAAUCAUAAUCGGGAAGUUGUCAACUUUUCAUCAGAAAAAACCUGUUGAUGAAAUGAUGCUUUCUUGAAGACAACUUGCAAGAUAGGGGGGUUGUUUGGAUCCCCCAAACAGUAUGGAUAGAAUAGUCUAGUUGAUCCAGUCUCAGCAGGCAAAGACUUAUGGUGAGCUGCUAAACCUUGCUCCACUCAGAAGUAGACUUACUUAGCUUCCAAUAGUUUAUUUGACUAUGAGAUGGUACUGGAUGUGUUGUGGUCUAGUGGUUCUGACUCUCGCCUUUAAAACAGAGGGUCGUGGGUUUGAAUCCUAGCCAUAGCAUGUUUCCCUUCAGCAAGAAAUGUAUCCACACUGUGCUGCACUCAACCCAGGUGGGGUGAAUGUGUACCCAUCAGAAUCAAUUCCUUGCAUGAACUGAGCGCCUAUGAUGGUAACUCGAGCUAAAGCCAGGGUUUUAAUAGCAGCGCUUUAUAAAUCCAGCUAUUUAUAUUACUGCUGAAAUUGAGGCUUGUCAAUUAAAGCCAUACAAUAACAAAUCUCAAAACGUUUCAAGCAUUUUGAGCAUAGAGUUGUACUCCAAAUCAUGAAAGCAUUGAUUUUAAUAGUGAGACUUGAUCUCUGACAAUUAGACAGCAAAAUUGUAGAGAUAAAAUGAUGAUUCAUAUUUUGUCUUUCUGUAUAAACAUCCAGCAAACAACAGGGUAUAUAUUUUCGGUUUUACAUGUCUACAUACUAAAUGAAUGGCAUGGAGUAUGAGUGUUUUGCCAUAAACAUACUCUUGCCUUCCAGACUCCUCAUCUGGAGCUGCUAUUUUCAAAGGGUUGCAAUGAUCAAAAUCACUCUCAGUUUGGGUUUGAUUUUUAAAUCCAUUGCAACUCUUAGCGAGACAGGGCCCAAGCCCUCGUUAACACAAAGGUGAGCGAUUAAUCAGUAAUUGAAAUGGCCUAUCAAGAUCAUCGUUGCAUGUGCAUCUUGUUCCUUAGACUGACUAGGAACCAAUCAGAAUUGUUCUUUCAAAUUUGUGAUUGAUCACUUACCUUUGUGUUACUGGGCCCUGAGUUGACCUUGAAAAAUUAGUAAUAUUUUUCCAGCAGCUUUUAUAUAUCUCUAUUCCCCCCAAAGAUAUGAUUUUCCACUAAUGUUAGUAUUUCCAAGCCCCUGCUAUCUUUCUUCAUCAAAAUCAAACAAUGAAUAUAAUGAGAAAAAUUCUGAAAAUGUCUGGAUGAGCUAUCUUGUUCAUCUCAUUGCUUAUUCUUCAAUUUGUGUGAAUUUUACGAGGCUGAAAUUUCAUUUCCAGGUUACCUUUGCCUUUUAAUUUAACUUUUUGCCAAUUUUGAAGGUUCACUGCGUCAUAAACUGCCAAAUGUGUGCAAAAGAAAAAUUAUAUUGAAUUGUUUAAAGAGAAAUGCAUCUACUUACUGAAUUUCACUGCUUCAAUAUAUUUUGAUUGUAUUUCAUUGAAACUUUUAGUGAAUGUAUACCGGUAGCCAAGAUUUCAGAUAUUGGAAAACUAUUCACCUCAUAAUUGUACAUGUGACAUAAAUAUUUAUUGUAUGAAAAUGAAACAAAUGAAUAAGAGUUUAUCAGACAGACGUACAGUCUUAAAGUUUUGAUGAAAUUAGAAGAUUUAACUUUCAACUAUUAUGCUUUUCUCAGUCAUUUAAUUUGCAUACAUUUACCUGCAGCAUGUUAUUGCCAUGGGCAUCGGUACACAGGAUUAUCUUUUGGGGGGGCAUCUUUUGUUGUGCCCUCCC